UCUGAAGCAAAUAUUGUAUGAAAUUUGCGUCGGACAUAUCGUAAAAACGUCAAAUGGGGUAUAUUUCUUUGAUUUGAUUUGUCCAUCCUUAUGUAAUACACGUUCGCCGCGGGACUCCGUCUAUUCGCCCAGGAAGUAAGAAAGAGGCACAGAUAUUCUUACCCCGCGACCCUCAACCAUCAGAAAUUGUAUAUAAAUCCAAGCCGUCGAGUAACUUACGUUUGUUUGUAGCUCAGAUAGUAUUGCAUCUCAUUUCGAACCGUCCUUGCAUCAAUUAAAUCUUCAUUGGCUUGGAAUUAUUAGCCUUAACUCCUGUUCUAUCGACUUGCACAAAUUGUCUCACUUGACUUGACCCCCACCUAAGUCAUGGCGUCCUUAAACGACCUGCACACCACAUUGGAGACUACGCUCAAAGCGUUCUUCAACGAUUACACUGUGGCGCUCCGUGAAAAAGAUGUCACUAGGAUCUCUGCAUCCCUCACCCCCGACUGCAAAAGGCUUUUAAAGCCUGCUUACUUCCCUGUCGCCUACCCCUUUGUGAAGGCUGAGGAAUCCAACGCUGAAUACGAGGCACGUAUGAAAGGAGAAUUGUCCAUCAUGGAAUCGACAAGUGCGGAAAUCCACGAAAUUACUAUCGACCCUAUUAAGCGCAAGGGCAGUGCUUACGUUACGCACAUCAAUAAGCUUCGUGGCAAGGAUACAGGGAAUAUUGACAUCUGCUGGUACUUCGACUUCUCUGAUGAUGGGAAGAAAAUCUCCCGCAUUGUCGAAUUCAUCGACACGGCCGUUUCCGAAAAGAUGAUCGAGGAUAUGAGAAAGCAAGGAGUCUUUCCUAGUGCUUAAGGGCUUAAGGGAUGGUGACGCUUCCUAGGAUGCUAAUUGAUGUUUUGCUAGGAUAUUCAGGAGGGGAACUUGCAUGAUGGCUUCAGCCAGCUUACGUGUUAUCCCCUAUCACUCCCUUUAAUACAACAUGAUCAUCUACCACUUUGUAUCCAUGUCUUGAUGCUUUUCGUUGAGAUUGGUCGUAGAAAAUGUCAUUUUUUAUCCUUUAUCUCACCAUAGUAUAGGGGGGCUAGUACAUGUGACGAUCAACUUGGCACAUACCAAUUUAGGAAUAAUAGGAAUUGCCUCCUAGCCGAUUUAUCAUGCAUUCAAUUUUGGUUUAUUAUAAUUAUGAAUUUUCAUAAAAUGCAUUCAUCAAAGCAGAUCAAGUCGAAAAUUU